AAAUUUGAUGGCCGUAUGUGGUAGGUUUAGUAGGUGUUCGAAUAAGUGUACGCUGUGCAGCCGGAUUGACGAUUGUACACAGUGUCAAACUACAUGACCGCGAUCAAAAAGCGACGCAAGCUAUCAGCUAGUAGAGUAGGAAAGAGCAGUUUCUUGUGCGAAGGAGUAGUACAGAAUUGCGAGAGGAUUUUGGAGAAAGAUCAUAAAAAGAUGCAGUGACAGUAGUGGUUCUGGUGGCUGAGCAGGGAUGGCGGGGCUGGAACAGUUUCUGCCGCUUCUGGGCAAUCCAGACACAAAGCGGCGGCUCCAGCUGGGUGUAGACAUUUUGAUAUACCUGGAUGAUCCCCUUAGUCCUGUAUAUUGUGAGGAGAUGGGCCACUUCGUGGACUCUCUUGUGACAUGGCUGCACAGUAGCAACUUCAAGGUAGCACAAAAUGGCUUGGAAAUCUUAACCAUGCUUUCAGACCGGUUAAAGGAGGACUUCAGGCCAUAUAUUUCAUCUGUUAUGUCUGCUGCAAUAGAUCGAAUGGGGGAUGGCAAGGAUGCUGUUAGAGAACAAGCAAAGAGUUUAAUGAUGAACCUGAUGCAGAUUUCUUCACCGCAGUAUGUUCUGGAGAAAUUGAUGCCGGCAUUCAGUCACAAGAACUUCAGAGUGAGGGAAGAGGUUCUUAUUUGUCUUCAGGACUGUCUUACCAUGUUUGGUGCCCAGAACUUAUCAUUGAUGAGGUUCAUGCCUCUCAUUGCCAAACUUCUGGGAGAUCCACAUUCCCAAGUGCGGGACACUGCAUUUCAAACCCUCGUCGUAAUUUACAAACAUGUAGGAGACAAAGUUCGAAUGGACCUCAACAAGAAGUACAACAUACCCCAGCAAAAGUUGCAAGCACUGUUCACCCGCUUUGACGAAGUGAGAGAUGCAGGGGAGAUCUUACCAUCAUGUGACGACGUUGCCCACAGAGGCGAAGAUGACGUUGACAGAUCUUCGGGCCAGAGCAAGACAUGCAAACGGGCGAGCAGUGCUCCUCCUAACAGGCGAAAUGUGCUUUCAACAACUAAGCCAUCUCAGCCUCCUUCCACACCUGUGUCAUCAGCUCUCUCGAGGAAGCAUAGCUUCAAAGGCAUCUCUGCUUCCAAGACAAGCAUUUCAGCAAAUGCAGGAGCUGUCGAUGAAGAGAUGUUUAUUAGGUCAUUUGAAGAUGUGCCAAGAGUACAGCUGUACUCUGCUAGGGAGCUCGACCAGGAACUCGCAAAACUCCGGCAGGUUCUCUCAGAAGCCAACACAGACUGGGAGAAAAGGGUCGACGGUCUGCGACACUUGAGAAGCCUUAUUGUUACUGGAGCAACCGAUUAUGAGGAACUGUACACAAAUCUGCGACUGAUGGAGCAUUCCUUCCAACUGUUGGUCCGAGACCUCAGGUCGCAAGUUGUAAGAGAGGCUUGCAUUACAAUAGCGUACUUAUCUCAACAAUUAGGUCAAAAGCUGGACCACUUUGCUGAGGCUGUCCUUCCCUCUUUAAUUAACUUAAUUCCCAGUAGUGCCAAGAUUAUGUCAACUUCAGGCAUUGUCACUAUACGCUUCAUCAUUCAGAACACUCACGUUAGUCGGCUGAUUCCAGUGAUUACGCUAAACCUAAGCUCCAAAUCAAAGGACAUUAGAAAAUCAUGUUACGAAUUUUUGGAUCAGUUACUACACACGUGGCCCACUCAUACGUUGGAGAGGCACAUUGCAAUUCUACAAGAAGCCAUAAAGAAAGGCAUCAGUGAUGCUGACCCUGAAGCAAGGGCCUUCUCUAGGAAGGCAUUCUGGGGCUUUGCCGACCACUUCAAGGAGCAAGCUGAUGCCUUACUGCACUCGCUGGACAGCAGCAAGCAACGUAUGCUGCAGGGGGAGCUGUGUAUGAGCAACUCUUCAAGCAGCAACUCGUUGUGUAGCACAGGGAGGCCCCUUCCACGGCAUGCUAGCCAUGGCUCCAUGGAGAACCUCAGGCCUGGCAGCAGUGCAUCAACAUAUGGUCGUCGUUCAGGGGUGCCAGUCUACAGCAGUGCUCGCAGUGCAUCAGUUCGUUCCAAUAGUGCCAUUGACAUAGCUGCAGCACGACGAGCUCGAGCUCGGGCUACUGCUUCUGCGCAGCUACAGUACAGGAGCAAUGGUGCCUCUUUGCCACGUCCAGGAACAAGACGCGCGGAUUCCAUGGCCAGUGCCAUCACUUCUCCUGAAAGGAUUAGCCGCAGCCGCACAAAAGGUGUUUCCCAGUCACAGCCGAGCAGCAGGUCAGGGUCUCCAUCGUCGCGGUUAAGCUACGCAGCCUACCACACGCAAGUGGACGGCAGUGGCAGGGUGCGUCGCAAGUCGGGCAUUCCAACACCACUGGGUACAAGCCGAGAGACCAGUCCCACGCGCACACCUUAUGGACAUCAUGAAAGAAGGUUAAGCACAGGUUCUCGGCGUGCAUUCACGGGUGCUGGUGAACGUUAUCAUCCAACAACGGUAGUCUCCUCUACACCACUGAUGGCAGAACGAAUUCUUCAACAAAGCAAAGAAGCCGAAGCUGCUGUCGCUGAUGCCUUGGAGAGCUGGAAACCUCCAAGGAAGCUUCGGUACAAUGCCUUCGAUGACCAGUCGGACGAGAGCGAAACGUCGAGCGUGUGCUCUGACAGGUCAUUUAGCUCGUAUAACAGGGGAGGAACAUAUCAGGAUAUUCCGGAAAUCCUGCAUCAUCUGUCAAGCAUCCAUUGGUCAGACCGCAAAGAGGGACUUUUGGGGCUGCUCUCUGCGCUGCGAUCGGGGCGUACCCUCUCUGUGCCAGAGCUCAAGCGUGUCACUGACAUGUUCACCAAAAUGUUCAUGGACCCGCACACCAAGGUGUUCACGUUGUUCCUGGACGCCCUUAAUGAACUAAUUCGUGUACACAGUGCUGACCUGCAUGGCUGGCUCUACGUGCUCCUCACUAGACUUUUUAUCAAGAUGGGGACAGAUCUCCUGAAUUCCUUGCAGGUCAAGAUUCAGAGGAUUCUGGAUCUCAUUAAGGAUUCCUUCCGAUAUUCUGAACAGUUUCAUGUUGUUGUAAGAUACGUGAAUGACCCAACACAGACACCUAAUGUGAAAGUGAAAGUCACAAUACUGAGGUACUUGACAUCACUACUGCAAGUUAUGGAACAGGUGGACAUGUCAAUCAAUAGCCCAGAAACUCAAGCGAUGCUGUCGAAGAUCUUCUCUUGGAAUAAUGACCAAAAAAGUGCUGAAGUUAGAAAACAUUCCCAAGACGUCAUAGUCUCAAUAUUCAAGCUUCGGCCACGAGAUAUGACUGCGUUCAUCAACCAGCUUGCACCCGAGAGCCAGUCUUGGGCCACAAGCCUAAUCCAGUCCUCUGUGAGAGGCCGCAGCGAAGACUGUGAUCUACGUACUCCUAGCCCCAUCUCUGCACACGUGCAAUCUCCUCUCAGUACGAUACCCAGGAUGCGAAGUCGGUCCAGCACCCCACUGCAGCACUCCCUAGAGGAAGAGCAGGAUGACACAGAGAACCUGAAUCCCGAGGAGGUGUACAGUGCGCUGCUGCGAAAGACCACAGCGGAGAUCAACCGCCUGACACUGGAGCGGCCUCCACCGGCUGAGCGACAGCGCUUGGCAGCGCACAACCGUUCGGCUGACAGCCCAGUCCUCGACCGCACACCACCAGCCUCCCUGGGCAGCAGAGAAGCCUCUCCUAUCAAGCGAGCUCCCUCCUGGGAAUACGAUGGAGACAUGGGGCUUAAUCGUAUCAGGAGAGGUUCAAUGGAAGGCAGCAUCUGUAAAAGUGAGCAAGAUAACCUGAAUAACAUAUUUGCAAUUUUGCAAAAUCCAAAUAGCAAGGCAGACCAUCGUAAAGAGGCUCUAACAGAACUUGCAUCCCUUACCAAAGAUGGCUCGCCUGAACUGUGGGAUGAGAACUUCCGUAAUGUUUUGCGUUGCCUUGUAGAGAACAUCGAUGAUCAAGUGGUACCAGUGAAACUGCUGUCACUGAAAGCACUCGGGGAGCUCCUGCGUCGACAGCCCCAGCACUUUGGCAACUAUGCUGAACUGACCCUGCUGAAGAUACUUGGAGCAGUGCAGCAUCCCGAAAGGGAUGUGAACCGUGCUGCUGAAGCUUGCUCCUUGGAUGCUGCAGCUGCCCUGCCUCCAGAUCAGAGCGUGCGCCUUCUUCGCUCUCUCAUUUCAGAGUCCGAUAAACAGGCAGAGCCUGACAAAAUCAUUGCUGCCAUCAAGGUCAUGUCUAGGCUGGUUGAAGUUCACCCAAAACGGACAAUUGUAGACUUGCUUCCACAGAUGAUGCCAGUCCUUCUAAAGGCUUACGAUCACAGUGAGAGCCAAGUUAGGAAAGCUGCAGUGUUCUGCAUGGUAACCCUCCACGGUGUAGUGGGGUCAGAUGUGAUGAAGCCCCACCUUGCUCCACUUACAGGCUGCAAGCUGAAGCUGCUGAACCUUUACAUUCAGCGUGCCCAGGGUAAUGGUAGUGGAAGCUCUCCAGGUUCGCCUUCAAACACAGCAUCAUCGUCAAGCAAUCCAUGAGAUGUGGGAGCUGCUCUCUGUGCAGCAUGCCUCAAGUUGUGUCUUCCUCCUGAAUUGGGAGCUUGUCUAGAAUGAAAGGCCACACAGAUGUUUAAACUGACGAGUCCCAAAACUUCAACCAGACAAGCUCUUUCUGCUUUCAAAGUUCUUCUGAUGCACCUUGUUUCAUACUUCCCAUAUUAGCUCAUCAUUUCUUCCGAUUAUUGAACAUUUCUGAGAAGAUGCUAUUGCAUGACUGCGAUUUUUGUACUGUUCUAUUCGAGGAUAACCCCCCCCACCUUUUGUUAUUGGUAGCAUCUCUCAAUUAAGGAGCAUGCUGACCACCUAGCCAUAAUUCCAGACUUAGGUGACUCUUGCCAUGCAUUUAUGUUAUAGUACCACAACGCUUCUUCCCCUUGUGCGCGUUGGCUUCCCCAAAUGCUUUCAACUACUUGACGAGAAAUGAACUUUGUCGCAAAGGCAUUUUGUAUAGUGUACAUUCCUUGAUGGGAGACCUUUAUUUUUUACGUUCCGCUAGCUAAAUGCUCUAAGUGCCAGUACAUUGAACACCAGUGACUCAGUGUUAUAGAAUUCUUUCUACUUGCAAAUGCUGAAGUUUUUUAGCGGUAUAGAUUAAUUUUUUUAGUUUGACUUUUUUUAGCUAUGGAACUAAAUUGCGUGUACGAAUAAAAAUUUUUUACAGAAGG